AUGAGCUUGCUUCACUAUCCUGAUCCAAUUAACGCACCAGAGCUCCAGGUGUGGAACAACGAAGCAUUUGACAAUAGCGAAUCAGAGGACUCGGUGGGGAUCAAAUCAACGUGGUGGACUCAAUCUAUUGAAUCCAGUUGCAGUAAGGAGAAUCUGAGCCCUGUUUUUGAGAAAUCGCCUGUUUCUUUCACAUCAUUGGUGUCUUCAAUACCCAUCAAGCCCCUUAACUCCAAUGGCGUCAUCGCUAACGCAGGAGAGAAUCCAUUGAAGUUUGUUUCUAUGCCAGGUACAGUAUCCAAUAAUUUGAUUCUGAAAGAAAACAAAAAUCGCGACGAGGGAAUUGUAGACAAGGAGAUAGAAGAGAUUGAGAAGGAGAUUAGACGUUUAUCGUUGAGACUCGAAGCCCUAAAGCUAGAAAAGGCAGAAAGAAGUCUCAAGAUAGAAAAGAGAGGGAGAAUUGUGCCAGCAAAAUUCAUGGAGCCGAAACAGACUGUCACAAUUGAAGAGUCGUUGCUUUCUAGUUCAAAAACAAAGAUUAAUCGAAGAGGAGUCAGUAUGGGGCCAUCGGAGAUAUUUUCUGGAGCUAAGUCUCGAUUAUUGAGUAAGCAAGAAAUUACCCCUGUUUCUACGCAGAAUCGCAGAAAAUCUUGUUUCUGGAAUCUUGAAGAAAUUGAUGAGUUAAAAGCUACCAAAGAAAGAGGAAAGAGCUUAAGUCCAAGAUCACGCAAAACUACUUCCAAGAUUCAAGCUCCGAAGCUGGCAGCUACUACAGUGGGAUCUAAAAAGUCCGUAAAGAAAGAAGAUGGAUUUCUUGCAUUGAUCCAGCCAAAGACGCUAUUCAGAGAUGGACAAAAAUCAGUGUCAAAUAAGAAACCAGUGAAACCAGGACGAGUUGUACCAAGUAGGUAUAAUCAGUUUGAAACGCAUCAGUCUAAUGGGAAUUUAACUUCAACUGAAGCUCGGAAGAGGUCUCUGCCCGACAGUGACAAGGAAGAUGGCAACAAAAGGCGUGUUUCUCGAGGCAGCGGAGUGAAUCAGAGAAUAGAGAGUAGUACGAAGAAGAAAUGGGAAAUACCAAAUGAAGUGGUGAUAUAUAAGAGUGAUGCCGUAGUGGAGGAGACUUGGCCAUCUAUUGAGGCAAUGGGUGAUGUUUUGCCAAAGAUCAAGACUACCCAAUGCGUGAAUGAGACUCCAAGGGACUCAGGAGCUGCAAAAAGGGUGUCUGAUUUGGUUGGGAGGAAAUCGUUCUUUUGCACUGAUGAAGACGAGAUAGCUGGGGACCCUGUUUGCCAGACUCUGAGCUUUGAAGUUGAAGAAGAAGAGAAUAGACAAAUACAGGUUUUAAAAAGGAACGGUGAAAUUGGGAAAUUGCGGAAGCUGAUGAUAUCAGAAUAG